AAUCCAUUUUGUGUACCAUUUGCUACUACAAAUAUGGGUUCCGCGAUGCUAGCAAUGGAUCUGGGAUGGAUGGGUCCUAACUACUCUAUCUCCACUGCAUGUGCUACAAGCAACUUUUGUAUAUUAAAUGCAGCAAACCACAUGAUUAGAGGCGAAGCUGAUAUGAUGCUCUGCGGUGGCUCUGAUGCUGCAAUUAUACCCAUUGGGUUGGGAGGAUUUGUCGCAUGCAGAGCACUCUCUGAGAGGAACGGUGAUCCUACCAAAGCUUCACGCCCGUGGGACAUUAAUCGUGAUGGAUUUGUCAUGGGGGAAGGUGCUGGGUUUCUGCUUUUAGAAGAAUUGGAGCAUGCUAAGACGAGAGGUGCGACCAUUUAUGCAGAAUUCCUAGGUGGGAGCUUCACUUGUGAUGCCUAUCAUAUGACCGAGCCACACCCUGUUGGAGUUGGUAUCGUUCGCUGCAUAGAAAAGGCCUUGGGUCAGUCUGGAGUAUCUAGGGAAGAUGUAAAUUAUAUUAAUGCUCAUGCUACAUCUACACCAUCAGGAGAUGUUAAAGAGUACCAGGCUCUCCUACACUGCUUUGGAAAAAAUCCUGAGUUAAGAGUGAACUCCACAAAGUCCAUGAUUGGUCAUCUACUGGGAGCUGCUGGCGCUGUGGAAGCUGUUGCAGCAGUUCAGGCGAUAAGGACUGGUUGGGUUCAUCCAAAUAUCAACCUGGAAAACCCGGACGAAGAAGUGGACACAAAUGUGCUUGUUGGACCAAAGAAAGAAAGACUGAAUGUUACGGCAGCAUUGUCUAAUUCUUUUGGGUUUGGCGGCCACAACUCCUCGAUCAUAUUUGCUCCUUACAAGUAAACGUAAAGUUCAAGCAUCGAUUGUCCUUGUUUUCUUAUAUUUGGAUUAACUGAAGGUACGUAAAUUCGUUACGUCAGCAACAGCUGCUGAACUAUGCAAAUUCUGGCGGCCAUUUGGUUGGCAAACUGUUUAGUUCAGCUACAUCAUGCUGAGGACUUGGGAAGCUUUGUCCGGUCGACAAACAUAGGUCCCUGAAAAGGGUUAUCAUAGGAAGUAAGGUAAAACAUCCGACUGUGUGGAUCUAGUUAGGGAGAAAAGAUGAUGUUUAGAGUUCAAUGUUGUGUUC